AGAUGAAUUAUGUAGAGAGAGUAAUCCACAAAUCUUUGUUUCCUAUCAUCUCUAAUGGAGCCAAACGCCUUACCCAAGUCUUCCCCUGACCUUGAACAGUCAUACGCACCUUUGCCGGACCGGCCCGAUCUCGGUUCCCCUGCGCCAGGUCUCCGGCGACCCAAGAUGGGUCUCGUCGGAAUCAUCGUUUCCUUCUUGCUCCUGAUCUGUUUGGCUGCACUUAUAAUAGAUCAAGGCCCAAAGGUGGAAACAGAUCGGACAGAGUCAACUGCGUUUAUUACUCCGGUGGCGAGGGGUGUCUUACAGGGGGUAUCGGAGAAGAGUUUCCUGGAGGUUUCCGACGAGAGUGUGACUUACCCUUGGACCAAUGCAAUGCUGUCUUGGCAAAGAACCGGUUUUCAUUUUCAACCGGAGAAGAAUUGGAUGAACGACCCUAAUGGUCCAUUGUUUUACAAGGGAUGGUACCAUCUUUUCUAUCAAUACAACCCAGACGCAGCGGUUUGGGGGAACAUCACAUGGGGUCAUGCAGUCUCUCGUGAUCUGAUCCAUUGGCUUCAUCUCCCUUUUGCGAUGGUCCCAGACGCAUGGUAUGACAUCAAUGGUGUCUGGACCGGCUCUGCCACUUUCCUCCCAGACGGUCAGAUCGUCAUGCUUUAUACUGGUGACACCAAUGAUUUCGUGCAGGUGCAGAAUUUGGCUUACCCGGCCAACCUAUCUGAUCCUCUCCUCCUCAACUGGGUCAAGUACGACCGUAACCCGGUUUUGGUCCCCCCUCCUGGAAUCGACAAAAAGGACUUUAGAGACCCAACUACCGCAUGGCUUGCACCUGAUGGUAGAUGGAAGAUCGCGAUCGGUUCAAAGUUGAAUAAGACUGGGAUCACACUCCUUUAUGCCACAACGAACUUCACCAGCUACGAGUUGCUUGACGGGCUAUUGCACGAGGUUCCUGGAACCGGUAUGUGGGAGUGUGUGGACUUUUAUCCGGUCUCCACAACUGAUGAAAACGGGCUAGACACUUCCUUUAUCGAGCCUGGGGUCAAGCACGUACUCAAGGCUAGUUUGGAUGACGACAAGAAGGAUUAUUAUGCCAUCGGGACUUACAACGCGAUUGCCGACACCUGGACACCCGAUAACCCGGAGAUUGACGUUGGCAUCGGGUUGAGAUACGAUUGGGGGAAGUUUUACGCGUCCAAAACGUUUUACGACCAAAACAAGAAGAGGAGAAUCUUGUGGGGUUGGAUCGGAGAGACCGAUAGCGAAGUCGAUGAUGUAAUGAAGGGAUGGGCCUCUGUUCAGGCUAUUCCUAGGACCGUGGUGUUAGACAGGAAGACAGGAAGCAACCUUCUUCAAUGGCCAGUUGAGGAAGUGGAGAAGUUGAGGUUGAAUAGUACCGAGUUCAACGGGCUUGAACUUGGGCCUGGAACCGUCAUCCCGUUAAACAUCACUUCCGCCACACAGGUGGACAUAAGUGCUACGUUCGAAGUAGACGAAGAGUCGUUGAAAGCUACGGUUGAGGCUGACGUUGGCUACAACUGCAGCACGGCAGGUGCAACCGUUAGAGGGGCGUUGGGGCCGUUUGGAAUCAUAGUGUUGGCGGACCAUUCGCUCAAUGAACUCACUCCAGUCUACUUUUACAUAGCAAAGAAUGUAGAGGGCAGCUACACGACCUUCUUCUGUUCGGAUGAAUUAAGGUCUUCUAGCGCAAAUGAGAUCAAUAAGAGAGUAUAUGGAAACACUGUUCCGGUGCUAGAUGGGGAAAAAUUAACCAUGAGAUUGUUGGUUGAUCAUUCGAUAGUUGAGAAUUACGCGCAAGGGGGUAGGACGGUUAUAACGUCGCGCAUUUACCCGACAAAGGCGAUUCAUGGGGCGGAAAGUUUGUUUGUUUUUAACAAUGCGACUGAUGUGAAAGUGAAGGUGUCACUUAAGGUUUGGAAUAUGGAGUCAGCUGAGAUAAGUCAAUUUCCCUUGGAGAAUCAACAUCAAGCCAUUUAGAGACAGACCGAUAUGAUAUGAUAUGAAAUGAAUUGGUGUAUCGUUAUUAUAAUUCUUCGUUUGGCUAAGAUCGGCUUAGACCGAUAUGUAUUGGGUUAGGUAAAGAAUUGAAUUUUGCAAAAGCGGCCAAAUGCCACAUUAUUAUUAUUAUUAUUAUUAUUAUUAUUCUCUUUUGUUCAUUUAUCACAAUUUCUCUGUUAAUUUUAA